GCGGCCGGGAAUGGUUUGACCCGGCAGCCUCCGCGCACGCGCAGAGAGGGGGCGAGGCCGUGGCGCGGGAAUGGUUUGAUCCGGCAGCCUCCGCGCACGCGCAGAGAGGGGGCGCGGCGGCGGGGAGGGGAUGAUUUUACCCAGCAGCCUCCGCGGCGGCGGGAAGUGAAUGGUUUUCCCCGGCAGCCUUUGCGGCGGGUGUUGCUCGCUCCGCCGCCCGGGCCCGGCCCCGGCCCCUCCCGCUUCUCCUCAGCCGCCGCCGCCGCCGCCGCCGCCUCGGGGCCAUGGCCUUCACCUUCGCCGCCUUCUGCUACAUGCUGGCGCUGCUCCUCACCGCCGCCCUCAUCUUCUUCGCCAUCUGGCACAUCAUAGCCUUUGACGAACUGAAGACCGACUACAAGAAUCCCAUAGAUCAGUGUAAUACGCUCAAUCCCACAGUUGAAAAGGUCAAAAAGAUUAAAAGAGUCAAAAUUGCAUUGAAGCUCGUACUUCCGGAGUACCUCAUCCAUGCUUUCUUCUGUGUCAUGUUUCUCUGUGCGGCAGAGUGGCUCACCCUGGCUCUCAAUGUACCCCUCUUGGCCUAUCACAUUUGGAGGUACAUGAGUCGACCGGUGAUGAGCGGCCCGGGACUGUACGACCCUACGACCAUCAUGAACGCCGACAUCUUAGCCUACUGCCAGAAGGAGGGCUGGUGCAAGUUAGCUUUUUACCUUCUCUCGUUUUUUACUACCUCUACGGCAUGAUUUACGUUUUGGUGAGCUCUUAAGGAUCCCUCAGUAGAGCCGGCUCCAGUUAAGUGCAUGCAAAAAGCCACACAGUGAGAGGACUCGAUCCGACCGGGAACCCGUUCCCGAGAAUAGCCUCUGGAAUCUGUCCCCGUUGCUUUAGAGAAAAAGCGACUCCUUCCUGAUUUUUUUAAAUGCUUCCACCUUUUACGCUCGUGGAAAGACGUUGCCUACGUUACACGGGGGUAGGGAAAUUCAAUGGAAUCAAGGAUAAAUGAAUACACGCAAAAAAAUUACCUCUGGCUUGAAGACGGUUUUAAACUUGCACUCCAUAAGGAACAGCCAUAAAAUCCUCUUAGUAACCGUACUCAUUGGUGUCGUCCCUGGGUCCUUCCCAAGUUUCCGUGUAUGGGGAUUUGUAGCAAUUCAUAUAUAUAUAUAUAUAUAUUUUUGGGGCGGGGGCGUCGUGCGGAAAUGUUCCCUAAUGAGAAAUCAGCUGUAGAUUCUGAGUCCUUUGGAAGGCCUGAAACCUUGGUAGAUACGACUUAAAGAAAAAAGAUAAAAUCACCCAGGCGUAUCGAUGUGUAGACGGUUAUAAGAUCCGUUGGCAAACUUAAGCCUAGUAUGUUCUUUUUCCCUAACGUGUGGACGUUAUAGCCCCGUAUAUUGCAUGGCUGAAAAGUUUCCCAGACUAUAUCCAUCCAACGAUUAGACCCGCUUUAAUACUUAAGCAUAAAUCAGUGUGAUAGGACUGUAUCCCGAACUGUCCGUGAGAGGAGGCAUUUAAAACGAUUGGAAACGCGUGCGAAUUUACAGAACGGAUCCGUCCGCUUUCUCCUCCAGUCCGGCGGCGAAGCUACUCUGAAGGCACUGGCAAGUAAUCCCUUAGACCUUCCGAAGCGGAAGCCGCGAGGGGCUCUCGUGAACCUGCCUUGCUGUUCCUCAGUGCAAUACAAUAAAAGCGUGAAAUCGAGAA